AUGGAGGUGGAACGAGCAAAGAAAGACGACGAUCUCAACGCCGCCGCGACGGCAGCAGAUGGAGGAGCCGCGGAAGAAGUCUCCGUCGAGAAAAUCUUCGAAUCGAACGCGGAGGCUCCACCGCCGUGGCAGAAACAGCUCACGAUUAGAGCGAUGGUAGUGAGUUUCAUCCUCUCGAUUCUCUUCACGUUCGUGGUGAUGAAGCUGAAUCUCACCACCGGAAUCAUCCCGUCGCUCAACAUCUCCGCCGGUUUGCUCGGUUUCUUCUUCGUCAAGACGUGGACGAAGAUUCUCAACAAAGCUGGGUUUCUUAAACAGCCGUUUACGAGGCAAGAGAACACCGUUAUUCAGACUUGCGUCGUUGCUUCCUCCGGCAUCGCCUUUAGCGGAGGGUUUGGUAGUUAUCUCUUUGGGAUGAGUGAUGUUGUUGCUAAACAAUCAGCUGAAGCCAAUACUCCUCUCAACAUAAAGAAUCCUCAUUUGGGUACCUUUUCACCUAACUCCUCAGUUAACUUCAAAUUGACAUAUCCUAGUGGUACUGCAACUGCUCAUCUCAUCAACAGCUUCCACACACCUCAAGGUGCCAAACUCGCAAAGAAGCAAGUCAGAGCAUUGGGGAAAUUCUUCUCAUUCAGUUUCUUAUGGGGUUUCUUUCAAUGGUUCUUCACUUCUGGUGACGACUGUGGUUUUGCUAGCUUUCCUACAUUUGGUCUCAAAGCCUACAAAAACAAGUUCUACUUUGACUUCUCGGCUACAUACGUUGGUGUUGGAAUGAUAUGUCCUUAUCUAAUCAAUGUCUCGCUUCUCGUCGGAUCAAUACUCUCUUGGGGCAUCAUGUGGCCUCUCAUCGAUGCCCAAAAAGGCAAAUGGUACUCUGCUGAUCUUAAGUCUACUAGUCUCCACGGCCUUCAAGGCUACAAGGUGUUUAUAGCCAUAGCUAUGAUCCUCGGUGACGGUCUCUACAACUUCAUCAAAGUCCUAGGCCGAACCGUCGUCGGUCUAUACACGCAAUUCAAGAACAGAGACGUUCUUCCGGUUAACGACCGUUCAUCACCAACAACCACCGCAACCAUAUCUUACGACGACAAGCGAAGAACAGAGCUUUUCCUCAAAGACAGAAUCCCAUCGUGGAUGGCUAUUUCCGGUUACGUGAUCAUGGCCAUAGUCUCGAUCAUCACCGUCCCACACAUCUUCCCUCAGCUCAAAUGGUACCACAUCUUGACAAUGUACAUCAUCGCACCUGUUUUAGCGUUUUGUAACGCCUACGGUUGCGGUCUCACCGACUGGUCUUUAGCUUCAACGUACGGCAAACUCGCCAUCUUCACCAUCGGCGCUUGGGCCGGCGCGGCCAACGGUGGCGUCUUAGCCGGACUCGCUGCUUGUGGUGUGAUGAUGAACAUUGUCUCUACGGCUUCUGAUCUCAUGCAAGAUUUCAAAACCGGUUACAUGACGUUAGCUUCACCGAGGUCAAUGUUCUUGAGCCAAGCGAUUGGUACAGCUAUGGGCUGCGUCAUAUCUCCAUGCGUCUUCUGGCUGUUCUACAAAGCCUUCCCCGAUUUCGGUCAGACCGGGACGGCUUAUCCCGCGCCUUACGCGUUGGUGUACCGAAACAUGUCGAUUCUCGGUGUAGAAGGCUUCUCUGCUCUGCCUAAACACUGUUUAAUGCUCUGCUACGUGUUCUUCGCCGCGGCGGUGUUUGUCAACGGCGUGCGGGAUCUCGUGGGGCCGAAGUGGGCGAGGUUUAUCCCGUUGCCGAUGGCUAUGGCGAUACCGUUUUACAUUGGAGGUUACUUCACGAUCGAUAUGUGUGUGGGAAGUCUGAUUCUGUUCAUAUGGAGGAAGCUUAAUAAGCCGAAAGCUGAUGCUUAUUCUUCGGCUGUUGCUUCUGGUUUGAUUUGUGGUGAAGGGAUUUGGACGUUGCCAAGCUCUAUACUUGCUUUGGCUGGUGUUAAGCCUCCUAUUUGCAUGAAGUUCUUGUCUGGAGCUACCAAUGCUAAGGUUGAUUCUUUCUUAAACCCUUCUUAA